AUGUUCGUUACUGCAUCUCGGGCAGCCCGUCCGCUUUUUGGCGAGGCGUAUUUGCACCCAACGAUCGACGAUGAUGUCUUUCAAGAUAGACCCUCGGAUAUGACGCAGACAGGGAAUUUCGACAAAGGAAUACCCUUGAUAGCAUCCUGGGUCACAAAUGAUGAAGCUUGGUACGUGCUGCUGUCCAUUGUAGCGGACGACGAAUUUCUAGCGAAUUUCGGACUAUGGCUACACAAACUUUCCGAGUCUACGAAAGAGAAGCUCUUUGCCUCGUGCACCGACCCCAAGCGCAAGCGCUUUGUGCUCUCGCCGACUAUCUCACAGCCAGUAGCCGCCCACCUUCGCCAGGGGCUCCUGAAACACAUCAACCCGCUGCACUUAGGCGCUGUGUACAUUAUCUGCCGGCCAGGUCGGAACCUAAUUGCCUUCCACGCCCUCAAUUCGAGCCCUGGCUGUUUAAAGAUGAUAUCCCGCGAAAUGCCAGCAUACAGUCAACCAGGACCCUCUCCCAGCAGCUCUGACACUCGCAGUUUACAUGGUGAUGAGUUUUAUGCACUAAACACAUACCAAACGCAUGCACAGUCUUGCCCGUACUGUGGCGCGCCCUUGGACUCCUCCAUCAUCUGCGACGAGGGCCUUCCUUUGGCUCGCCGCCUCACCGAGUAUAUCUCCCAGCGACGUAACAGCUUUUUCGCUUUGCGCAGUCAUGACGACGACAGGACUGACCGAGUCCGCAUCCCCGUCCAAGCCUACGCCAUACGGGCCCUUCUGGCGGCAGUCGAGCAAGGUCUUUGCAUCUCCACCGCCACGCGCAGCAGCCCCAACACAGGGAAUGACGGUCCACAUGCACCUGUCGGCAUAGAAGAGCGCCAAUCGCGUGACUUUCUUCAAUCUCCACACAUUCUUAUCUGCAAAUGCUCUCGCUGGAAAAGAUGUUGCUACGUGCGGUGCUCCUCACGUCCGCUGUCGUGUCUUCCGAAUACUUUGGGCGCGACUCUUGGGGUAGGAUGCAGCGCCCGCAGAUCAAAAGUUCGGUUUGAUAUUCAAUGGGUCUCGUGA